UUGGGUUGGGCUGGGAUAGGCGUCCUCCACCCUGAAACUCCGCUCCAGUCCAGGUGGUGGCGCUAACGCGUCCAGUAGCUGCUUCUCCAACCGCCAGUAAACAUUGGAGAAGAACAAGACGCUGCUCGUCUGAGCCGCUUUAGCCCCUCGAGUUAUAAAAAUAAAAACGCGUUAUUGUGUCUGGCUCUGAGGAUUUAAAACCCUGAGGUUUUCUUUGAUUGAUUGAAGGUUUUGAUCAUCAUCUUCGAGAUUCAUCGCCCUCAACUCCUCACCCUCAGGACUCCUGGAGCACAGGAUGCCGAGGAAGGGAAGGAGGUCCGAGGCAGCAAGGCGCCGAUGGAGGAAGCGCAACCUGGAGGAGCCAACUCCAGUCACUUCCCCCCCGAAGACGGUCCAGACGGUGUCCACCCCACUGGACGCAGGGUCCAGGACCAGGGAGACCUACCCCCCCUGCUCUCGAGCUCCAGUCAGCAACGUGGUUGGAUCUUCACCCCCAGCCCAGCCUUUCGGGAGCCUGGGUAAUGUGUGUCCCGAAGUUCGUGCACGCCGCGGUACCGGGUUCCGCCAUCGGGUGUGGAGGUGGCCAAUUUCGAAGCUCACUGGACGGAGCCACAAGUUGGUCAUCCCACCGGAGUCUCCUGACAAGAAGUUCAUUCUGAUUGUCGGGGACUCCCACCUCCGGUCCAUCGCAGAUGGUUUCACCGUGAUGCCAGAAGGAAAGUUUUCUUUUGGUGUCCUGUCGACCUAUGGGGCCCACGCCGCUCAGCUGCGGACUGAGGUCCUACAUGCUAAUGUUCCUCGGUCCCCUGAUGCUGUUUGUGUUCUUGCCCCUAGCAACAACCUGACCGCGAGCAGGACCAUCGAUGAGGCAGCCGUCGAUUACGCAAGUUUCCUCACUGCUGUGAGGAGCCGCUGGCCGGAGGUCUUUGUGCUGGAUUUCCCCCCCCGUCUGCAGGAGGAUGAGACAUACCAGGUCCUCCUUCGUCAAGAGUACCACCGCGUGACGGCUCGUAUGGGUGUGAGGUACUUCUCUGUGGCGGAGCACUUCCCCCUUACGCGCUUGGAUCUGUGGAGCAGAGACGGCAUUCACCUGAGCGAUCGUGAGGGGAUGGGCAUCCUUACCCAGCUGCUGUGGACUGCCACAGAGCAGUUCCUGGAGACACCACCACCUCCCCCGGUUUCUCCUAAGCUGGUUGUGAAGGGAGAGGUACGUGCUCCUCUGUCUCCUGACCCCUUCCAGUGGAAGGUCGUUGGUCAGAGCAGCAAGUUGCAGGUUCCUGGUCAGGCCAGCUUGGCUCAGCAGCAAGAGGAGUCCUUCCUCCCACUGAACCCAGUGUGGUUAAGUAGCAUGAUCCUUCGUGCCAUGGAGGAGGUGUCUCCUCCUCAGCUGUCUGGUGUGGAGGACUGCAAGUCUCCUCCAGCACGCAAGAAGCUGUGUGAGGACAUGAAAACAGAGACAUCCAUGGAUGGAGAGACUUCAGAAGCCUGUGUGAAGAAAGAGGAGACGCUGGAGCUGAAUAUCUACAGCUAUGGAGACGAUCUCGACAACCCACCUGAAGGUCUCUCCGUUAAAGUGGAAGAUCCUGAUGAGAAAGACUAUCUCUACUGUGAAGUUUGCAAAUCCUUCUUCCUCAACAAAUGCGAGGUUCAUGGACCACCCCUCUUCAUCCCCGAUACUCCUGUUCCCAUGGGAGUCCCUGACCGAGCCAGACAAACACUUCCUCCUGGGCUAGAAAUCCAGAAGUCCAGUAUUCCUGAUGCAGGCCUGGGGGUGUUUAAUAAGGGGGAGACUGUUCCAGUAGGUGCACACUUCGGCCCCUGCCAGGGAGAGCUGGUGAACAGAGAGGAAGCCAAGAACAGUGGAGACUCCUCGGUUGUAUACAGGAGCAUGCAGUGUGAAGAAUACAUCAAUGCCAAAAGAGAGAUGCAUGUGAAUUGGAUGAGGUAUGUGAAUUGUGCCCGUAAUGAAGAAGAAAAAAAUCUUGUGGCAUUUGAGUAUCAAGGGGGAAUUCUGUAUCGUUGCUGUCGAUCCAUUAACCCAGGACAGGAGCUCUUGGUGUGGUAUGAAGAGGAGUACACCAGAGAACUCAGUCCUGCACCUACAGGAACAACCAGACAGCAAGAAGUAAAGAACGCUCUGCUGCAAGUCUUUUCAUGCUCCACAUGCCCUCGUUCCGAUGCAUCUCCAAUUUACCUCGACAAGCACAUCCAGAGAUGCCACUAUGAAGAGUACGUGAGACUGCGAGAAUCAGGAGAGAUUAAAUGUAAGCUUCAGAUCCCCUCCAAAUGCUCCAGUUGUCAACCAACAUCAACUGAUUAUAUCCAUUCUGAUACUUCUCAUAAUGAUAUACAGAAGGAAAUUCACCACUGCUCAGAUUGUGGAAAGAGUUUUAGUUAUCAGAAUGCACUCAAGACACACCAGUGCAGUCACACAGGAGGAGAUCCACAUCACUGCUCACAGCGUGGUAGGAAUUUUACUUACCAGAGUGCUCUCAAAACACAACAGCGCGUUCACACAGGAGAGAAGCUGUAUCACUGCUCACAGUGUGGGAAGAGUUUUACUCGUCAGAGUUAUCUCCAACGACACCAGCACAUUCACACAGGAGAGAAGCCGUAUCACUGCUCACAGUGUGGGAAGAGUUUUACUCGUCAGAGUAAUCUCCAACGACACCAGCACAUUCACACAGGAGAGAAGCCGUAUCACUGCUCACAGUGUGGGAAGAGUUUUACUGAACAGAGUAAUCUCCGACAACACCAGCGCAUUCACACAGGAGAGAAGCCGUAUCACUGCUCACAGUGUGGGAAGUGUUUUACUCAGCAGAGUGCUCUCCAAACACACCAGCACAUUCACACAGGAGAGAAGCCGUAUCACUGCUCACAGUGUGGGAAGAGUUUUACUCAUCUGCGGACUCUCCAACGACACCAACGCAUUCACACAGGAGAGAAGCCGUAUCACUGCUCACAGUGUGGGAAGAGUUUUACUCGUCAGAGUGCUCUCCAACGACACCAGCACAUUCACACAGGAGAGAAGCUGUUUCACUGCUCACAGUGUGGGAAGAGUUUUACUCAGCAGUGUAAUCUCCAAACACACCAGCGCCUUCACGCAGGAGAGAAGCCGUAUCACUGCUCACAGUGUGGGAAGAGUUUUACUUGUCAGAGUGCUCUCCAACGACACCAGCACAUUCACACAGGAGAGAAGCCGUUUCACUGCUCACAGUAUGGGAAGAGUUUUACUGAACAGUGUACUCUCCGACAACACCAGCACAUUCACACAGGAGAGAAGCCGUAUCACUGCUCACAGUGUGGGAAGAGUUUUACUCAGCGGAGUGCUCUCCAAACACACCAGCGCAUUCACACAGGAGAGAAGCCGUAUCACUGCUCACAGUGUGGGAAGAGUUUUACUCAACAGAGAGAUCUCCGACUACACCAGCGCAUUCACACAGGAGAGAAGCCGCAUCACUGCUCACAGUGUGGGAAGAGUUUUACUCGUCAGAGUAAUCUCCAAACACACCAGCGCAUUCACACAGGAGAGAAGCCGUAUCACUGCUCACAGUGUGGGAAGAGUUUUACUCAGCAGAGUAAUCUCCAAACACACCAGCGCAUUCACACAGGAGAGAAGCCGUAUCACUGCUCACAGUGUGGGAAGAGUUUUACUCAACAGAGUCAUCUCCAACAACACCAGCACAUUCACAUAGGAGAGAAGCUGUAUCACUGCUCACAGUGUGGGAAGAGUUUUACUCAUCUGCGGACUCUCCAACAACACCAACGCAUUCACACAGGAGAGAAGCCGUAUCACUGCUCACAGUGUGGGAAGAGUUUUACUCAUCUGCGGACUCUCCAACAACACCAGCGCCUUCACACAGGAGAGAAGCCGUAUCACUGCUCACAGUGUGGGAAGAGUUUUACUCAGCAGAGUGCUCUCCAAACACACCAGCGCCUUCACACAGGAGAGAAGCCGUAUCACUGCUCACAGUGUGGGAAGAGUUUUACUCAGCAGAGUGCUCUCCAACAACACCAGCACAUUCACACAGGAUAGAAGCCGUUUCACUGCUCACAGUGUGGGAAGAUGUUUGCUUGUUUAGUUACAUUUAAGACCUUCAAGUGCACUAACUCAGAGACACUGCAUGAUUUAAAGUUGUCAAAUUAAAUAUGGUUAUUACAGUUUUGACUGAAAAUGACCUGUACUUUGAACUUUAUUGUUCAUGUUACACUGGUCAACAAUUUUUCAGAAGUUGUCUGCUUCAGAGAUGAAGUUGGCUAUUAUGAAAUUUGGUGUGUUGAAUUAGAAGUGACGGUUAAUCAGCUGAUUGGCUAUGGCUUCCAAGAUAUUUAAGAUUUUAAAUUUUAUACUUAUGUACAUUGUGUAGAUCGUAAUGUUUUAAAUAUAAAUUGUAAAACUAGGUCUCGUGUUUAUGGUCGGUUUACAUGAUAUUUCACCUGUUCUCUUUAUGUAACACUAGAAAAUCAGCAAAAAGUUUAUAUAAAUAAAAUGUAUUAUGAACAAAAUUGCAAAAAGCAAUUAUGUGUAAGUACUGAAUAGGUUUAGUCCUUAUUCUGUGUGUAUGCAGUGGGUUUUUAUUUAUUUAUUGGCAGCUUGUCUCUUGUGUUCAUGAAACGGAGCAUCUCUUGUCAAGCAAAGACUUGAUCUAGAGUGCAUAGCACUGUAUGAAUUUUUUUUUUUUUUUUGAGCUGAUAUAAGACCAGUUUGUUCAGCAGAGUGAUGUCAGUUGACUUAUGAAUGCAUCAUCAGUGACUUCUAGGAAUAACCUAAUGUCAUGUAUGAUGCAAUACCGGCUUCAGAUUGCAUCAUUCAUUGUUUUGCCAAAAAAGUAAGUACUGUCCAAACCCACUCAUAGAUUUAUUCAUAGAGCCAAUCUUGAAAACGAGCCAAUGAACAAUUUUAAGUUUCAUUUUCGUUCUCAGCAAUCCAGAACUAGUAAAGUUUGACUAUAUUUCAGAAGCAUUUUGGCUGUAGACCAGUGUUCUAUGACUGUUUUAAAAUAUGUAACCUUAUAGUGAUGUUUAAAAUGAGACUGUUAAUGUUU